CGUAGUGUUGGUUUUGGCCAGGUCUAGCCUCGCCAUCACCAACGUUUAAUCACAAGGCAGGACAAGGAGGAAAAUUAAAAAGGAAAAGGAAGAGAAAAGAAAAUGGCAGCAGUUAAAUCCAGUUCCUUGCUUCUCCUUUUUUUCGUGUUAUUCGCUGUUAUAGCGCCAACAAUACGAGCCCACAUUGCAGAAUAUGAUGAUUAUUGGAAGGAGCGAGAAGAGGAAGCCAAGAAAGCUGCCCUCGAAGCAUUCCAUCCGACACCGCAGGAAGUCAACGACCAUUUCAAUCUGCAUGUUGAGGAUGAGCUAACGGGGAGCAAUGGAACAAGGAGGAGCCUGAGAGUUAACAAGGGACCAUGCAAGGCUACAAAUCCUAUUGAUCGAUGCUGGAGGUGCCGUCCAAAUUGGGCUUCACAACGCAAAAGGCUAGCUGACUGUGUCCUCGGUUUUGGGCGGAACACAGUGGGAGGAAAGUAUGGCAAAUACUACUUCGUGACCGAUCCCUCCGAUAAUGACAUGGUGAACCCUAAGAAGGGAACAUUACGCCAUGCCGUGAUCCAGCCAAGGCCGCUGUGGAUUGUGUUUGCUCGCAGUAUGAUAAUUAGGUUGAAUCAGGAGCUGAUCAUGACCAGUGACAAAACCAUUGAUGGAAGGGGAGUCAAUGUCCAUAUCGCCUAUGGUGCCGGCAUUACAAUUCAGUUCGUCAAGAAUGUGAUCAUCCAUGGCCUCCACAUUCACGACAUUGUUUCAGGCUCAGGAGGACUUAUUAGGGAUUCUGUCAAUCACUUUGGCUAUAGAAGCAGAAGUGAUGGUGAUGGAAUCUCCAUUUAUGGUUCAUCCCACGUUUGGAUUGACCAUAAUUCCAUGUCCAAUUGUAAGGAUGGACUGAUCGAUGCCAUCCAAGGAUCCACCGCCAUCACCAUCUCCAACAACCAUUUCACCAAACACAAUGAGGUGAUGUUGUUCGGCGCAAGUGAUAGUAACUCCGCGGAUGAAAUAAUGCAAAUCACGGUUGCAUUCAACCACUUCGGAAGGGGAUUGAUUCAGAGGAUGCCGAGGUGCCGAUGGGGCUUCUUCCAUGUUGUGAACAACGACUACACCCACUGGAACAUGUAUGCCAUUGGCGGUAGUGCACAUCCUACCAUCAUCAGCCAGGGCAACCGAUACACAGCUCCUCAUUUAGUGGAUCCAAAACAUGAUGCUAAGCAGGUGACCAAGAGGGACUAUGCGAUGGAGUCGGAGUGGAAGAAGUGGACAUGGAGAUCGGAGGGAGAUCUGAUGAGGAAUGGAGCCUUCUUCGUUCCAUCUGGGAACCCCUCCAAAAGGAUGCCAUACUCUAGGCUGGAUAUGAUCAAAGCAAAGCCAGGGACCUAUGUUUCAAGACUCACCCGUUUCUCCGGUGCACUUACCUGCAGGCGUGGUGGACCUUGUUAAUUCCAAGAUGUCCUACUUCUCUUCUGCAUUGAAAAUCCUGAUGUGACUAUAAAUCAUUAUGUAUUGCAGAAGAAAACAAAGACAGUGCUGCUGCUGUCUUGUUGCUAUUUGUCAUCUUACACUUUGUUUAAUUUGUUUCUUCCACCAUAUUUUUGGCUUGAUAAUGCAGAG